AUGUUGUGCAGAUCUUUGUGGGCAUGGACUGCGUUUACAGUCAGCCUCGUUUCAGCAACACCUCCGUCAUCGGUUCAUUCUCUAGAUGAAUUUGUUGCCUCACUGAGCCCCACAGCCCUCAUCUAUUAUCCUGGGUCAGAAGGAUAUACUAAUGCAACGUUACGGUGGGGCGCUGGACAGACCCCACAAUACGACAUGAUCGUCAAAGUGGCAACCGAGGCAGAUGUGCAAAAGACGAUACUGUACGCUAAUGCGAACAACAAGGCUUUUCACGCUAUCUCGGGGGGCCAUGCGAUUACGGCGUACCUCAACAAUGUUGAACAUGCCGUCGGCAUCUUAAUGCGUGGUAUGAAAGAGAUAUCGAUUACGGAGAGUGGUGACACUGCUCUCGUCGGAGGUGGUAUUCUCAACGGCGAUGUCCUUGACUACUUGUGGGCUCACGGGAAGCAAACCAUGACCACAGCGUGCGCCUGUGUUGGUUACAUCUCUCCUAUUCUCGGUGGCGGACACGGCUGGAACCAAGGCCGGUAUGGCCUUGCAGCCGACCAGCUCGUCUCGGCACGCGUGGUGCUCGCCAAUGGCACCGCCAUCACCGUGAGCGAAGACAGCAACCCAGACUUGUUCUGGGCUAUCCGCGGUGCUGGCCACAACUUUGGCAUUGUAACUCAAGCUGAGAUAAAAAUAUACGACCGAGAGCCAAGUCUUGACAAUUGGACCGUCGAUGUAUUAUCCUUCACUCACGAUAAGAUGGAAAGUAUCGUGGGUAUCGUAAAUACCUGGUUAGAAAGUCCUAACAGAUCAGUCGAACUAGAACAUUACAUAAUGUUCUACUUUGACCCGAAAAUCGACACAACCAACCCUGUCGUCGUUGUCUUCGUAAUCUACCAAGGUACCAGUAUCCCGACCCAAUACACUGACCCUCUAUACGCCCUCUCCCCUGUCACCAGCACAUCCGGUCAAACCGACCUCGCAGGCGUGAGUCGCUUCACCGGCGCGGACCGCACCGGUACAUCCUGCGAAAAAGGACUUACUCGCUCCGUCGUCCCCGUCUCAGCAAUCACAUACGACCUUCCUUCUCUCCGUCAAGUCCUCACCAUAAUGGCCUCCCUCCCACCUUCACUCAACCAAACCGUUGUUCUCCUCGAAGGCUACGCUACAAAUCGCGUGGGCGCUAUACCAAGCGAUAGCACCGCGUACCCCGACCGCGAGGGCCAGUUGCUACUUUCGCCGUUUAUGACGUAUGAGCGGGAUGAGAGUUUGGAUGUUGAGGCAUGGGAGGUUGCGGGAAUGAUCAGGGAUGUGAUGGCUGAGGGAACGGGGGAGCCGAGGAGGGCGUAUGUCAAUUAUGCGAGGGGGGAUGAGACGGUUGAGGAGUUGUAUGGGCCUGAGGAGUGGAGGUUGGAGAGGCUGAGGGGUUUGAAGAGGGAGUAUGAUCCGUUUGGGAAGUUUAACUUUUUUGCGCCGAUUGUUUGA